AGGGCACGGACUAUCUUUCAAUCAAUAGUAUAUAAUAAGGCAGCGGUUGAGCGAAAGCAUAAAAUCAUCCGAUCUUAAGAGCACUGACUUCAAAAUUUAAAUUAUACAGUUAAAGGUAGUUAUGUGUGACUCUUACAAGGAACAUAAAAUGGCUACUCACACACAGGGAACGGUGGUGCCCAGCAAACCAUUCUCAGCAGAGAAGCUUGCUCAGCAACUACACGAGGCUAUGGACGGCCUAGGGACGGAGGAGAAGCCGAUCAUUGACGUCAUGGCGUCCCACGACAAUAAACAGCGUCAGGAGAUCGCGCUCUCGUACAAAACUCAGUUUGGCAAGGACCUGCGAGCGGAGUUGAAGUGCGAAACAAGCGGCAAUUUCGAGAACCUGCUUGUGGCCCUUCUGGAGACCCCUAUCAACUACGACGCCAAGUCUAUCAAUGACGCCAUUAAGUUCGUGGGCACUGACGAGGGAGCGCUGAUAGAGAUCCUGAGUUCAAGGUCGAAGGUGCAGAUAAAGUCCAUCAAGGCGGCUUACAAAACACGUAUUAAACUAAUUCUUAAUCUCGCACUUGCAAUUGUGUUGAAACUCUUUCAAGAUGUAUAAUUCAUCAAAACCUGUUUUAACAGA